AUGGCUCACUCAUCACCACCACCAACCCCUGUAGACGCACCCCCGGCACACUCGGGAGCAGUUCCACCACCAAUCCCAUCACCAGCGGCCCAAGCGCCAUCCACCUCUACUGAUGGUGCGGCCCGCAUCGUCGCAUUGAAAUGUGACAUUACUAUACUGAAGGGUAUGGUCAACCAGAUGGCCGCUAACAUGGUUGAGCUCAUGGCCUUGCUACAUGACUCAAACCGCCUCUGGGGUACGAGCCAACGGUCGACCCGAACCCUUAGGUCCCGCCGACCCAUGCUCUGGAGGGUGGCGAAGGCAGUCCAUCUGAUCAAAAUUCCUCCGCCACCAGCGACUCUCCCAACGACCGCUCCUCCUCCACCGUCGGAUCCAACUAUGCUUGCACCGCCGCCGGUGUCCAUAUCUUUUCUAGCUCCUGUCUAUGCAGCUCCUCCGCCGAUGGUCUUUCCAGAGCCGAACUCGCAUGCUCCUGCUCACACGUCUGAGCCUUCCUCGUUUCAAGUUCCACCACCCCAUAUCAGCUUCUCCUACCCAGCUCCACCUCCCAUAAAUAUCCCCACCUCUGAACCAGCCACCCCAACUUAG